AUAAAUAUACUUUACUACACUCAUCACCCAACUUAACAAAAAAAUUUAAUUAAACUAGGAAACGUGAUCGAUACGUCGAAUAAUGGAAGAUUCAGCAAUCGAGCUUGAUCUACCAGGCUUCCGCUUUCACCCAACGGAAGAAGAGCUUCUUGAAUUUUAUCUCAAAAAUAAGGUCCUUGGCAAAAAAUUGCGCUGCGAUGUAAUUGGUCUUCUCAAUAUUUAUCGUCAUGAUCCUUGGGACCUGCCAGGGCUGGCUACUAUAGGGGAAAGAGAAUGGUACUUUUUUGUGCCAAGAGACAGAAAACAUGGCAGUGGAGGGAGGCCUAACAGGACUACACUAAAAGGAUUUUGGAAGGCAACUGGUUCUGAUAAAAAGAUUUUUGGUUUGUCACAUCCUAAGAACAUAAUUGGCCUCAAGAAGACUUUGGUUUUCUAUACUGGCAGAGCGCCUCGAGGCUCUAAGACAGAUUGGGUCAUGAAUGAAUUUCGCUUACCUGAUACAGCCUCAGCACCUCAGGACAUAGUGUUGUGCAAAAUAUACAGGAAAGCUACGUCUUUGAAAGUGUUGGAGCAGAGGGCUGCAAUUGAAGAAGAAAUGAACACUACAAAGCACGUAGACGCGCCUCCUUGUUCAAUAAUCCAGCCAAUGGACGCCAUGUCAUUUUGUAGCGAACAUCAUGAACUUAUGACGGCUUCAAUAACUGAUCAGAGCCCCAACAUCUUGACUUCAAUCGCUAAGGACGAAGUAGAAGACAAUAUCUUAUCGAUUACUGAGAACAACCUGUUCGAAGUUCCAGCAGAAAUCAAAGGCAAGAGUAAUUGUUUUAGGCCAAAAUUACGGAAUGGGCAAGGUAACCUGGCUGAAUUGCAAGUACCCAUAUUCAGCAUGGACUUUAGUCAAGAUCCUGUUUGGAUGCAAUUGCGUAGUCCUUGGCUUGAUAAUUUCAGUUUGACACCUUCUCCAUUUGUGCAUAACUUUCAGGCUAAUAAAUUUGAACAGUUAAUAAAUCAAUAGUCAGUUCUUAAAUCAUCUAUCCCAAUUCCCUGGGAUUUUAAAAAAAAGAAUAAUAGGUAGUGAUAUGCUCACUGCUACCACCUAACUGGCUGACCACCUAGGGUGUUCAUAGUAUCCUUAAUGGUCCCAUAAGCAGUAUAUCAACUGCCUUGGUGUUUUCUUUAGACUUUUUUCCCAAGAAGUGAUUUGAUGUCUUGGCUGAUAAACUCUGUGUAUUGACUAAUUUUGUUUAUGUUUAUGUUGGACACAAGUGUAGAUUUGUAACAGAAACAUGGAGCAUUAAUGUACCUUUUCAUAUGGUAAAUUAUUAUUUGUAUAGUACUGA